CGCCGAUGCAUUGCUCGGAGCUGUCCUCGAUACACUGUUUCAGCUCAUGCAGGAGAGCCCCGAGUCCGCCGCUGGCGCCUUGUUCGAUUCCAAUCCCGCCUGGCGUCAAGAUCUGGAACAAGACAUGGACGCUAACGAUGACGAUGACGGCUUGGACAGUCCCACGGAAACAAGUAUGGCGCAGGGUACGCUCGACAUGAUUGCCUGCGAAUUACCCAAAAAGUACGUCUGGCCGGCCGCACUGUCUCGUUGUAUUGAUCGCAUGAAUGCACACAACGACGCCAACGCGCGCAAAGCCGGGGUGGCUGGACUUGGCGUCAUUGCCGAGGGCUGUUGCGAGCCCCUCACGGCCGCCCUGCCCACCGUCAUGCCCAUGGUAUUUGCGGCCGCGCAAGACAGCUCGCCGCAAGUCCGCGAAUGCGCCUGCUUUUGCCUCGGGCAAAUCAGUGAACACUGUCAACCGGAGAUUCUGCAAUACAGCAACCAAAUUUUGCCCAUUGUCUUUGCCUUGUUGGACGACCAAGCCGUGACCGUCCAGGCCACAUCCUGUUACGUGCUGGAAAUGUUUUGUGAACGCCUGGAACCGGACGCGGUGCGCCCGUUGCUGGAUCCCUUGGUGCGCAAACUCGCGCACAUGCUUGAGCAAACCAACAAGCGAUCGGUGCAAGAAAUGGCUGUGGCUGCCUUGGCCGCUACGGCCGUCGCCGCCGAACAGGAAUUUUCCCCCUACGUCGAAGGCGUAGCCAAACUCAUGACGACACUCAUGAGUUUGCAGGAUCCGACUCUGUUCUCCUUGCGUGGUCGGGCUUUGGAAUGUAUGGGGCACAUGGCUAUUGCGGUAGGCAAGGAAAACUUCCGCCCCUAUUUUACGGUGACCAUGGAAUGUGCCAUGCAAGGUUUGACCUUGGAAAGCACCGAUUUGCAAGAAUUCGCCUACGCAGUUUUUGCGAACUUGGCCAAAGUCAUGAAGGAAGAAUUUGCCCCCGCCCUUUCGGAUUUGGUCCCGCAUUUGAUUCAAGUAGUGGACAUGGACGAAGGUCAAGUAGAAUCAGCGGGUCAAGAUAGCAACGAGGCGUUUACCGGUUUGGACGAAUCGGACGAUGAAGGCGACAACGAGCAGUACGUGUUGCACGUUCGUACUGGCUUGAUGGAAGUCAAAAAGGGCGCCAUCACGGCCUUGGGUGAGAUGGGUGCCCACUGCGGUACCGACUUUUGCCCCUAUUUGGAAGUCUGUAUGAAGUCCCUGGAAGAAGCUGCCAGCAACUGGCAUCCCCUGAUCAAGAGCGAAGCGGCCGAUGCGAUGCCGUCAAUGAUUGUCCCAUCCAUUGCCGCGUACCACAACGGCGAAAUCUCAUGGACGAAGGGUGAUGUGACGGGAAGUAGUCCUAUGUCGCCCCACACGGCAGCGUUGGUUCAUUGUGUCUUGAAACAAGAAAUAGUAUUGAUGCAGGACGAUGAUAAGGGCACGGUGGGCAAAGCAUGCGAAGCGGUUCAAUCGGUGAUUGAAAUUUGUGGACCCCACGCCUUGGUGCCGCACUUAAACGAGUGUCUCGGCAAUGCUCAUCUACUCUUGACCAAGUCCGCCCCAUGUCAGACGGUAGAUGCUUUGUACGGCGAAUUGCCGGACGAUGACGAUGACCACGACGGUAUCAUGCAGGCUGUCUGCGAUUUGGUAGGCGGAUUUGGUCGCGUCCUGGGAUCGCAGUUUGCGCAGUAUCUGGGCCAGUUCUUACCGGCCAUUUGCGAAUACGGCAAAUCAUCUCGCCCCGCAAGCGAUCGGUCAAUGGCGGUCGGUUGUUUGAGUGAAAUCGCGCAGGAAUUGGAAAGCUCAGUUCUAGACUAUUGGCCCACGGUCUUUCUACCGGCCAUUUUAUCCGGCUUGGCCGAUGAGGACGACAACGUCAAGCGCAACGCUGCUUUUUGUGCGGGAGUGUGUUGUGAACAUUUGAAGGAAGCCAUAACGAGCGAUUACCAGAACAUUCUGCAACAGCUGGCACCUAUUUUUAACCUAGACCCCAACGCGACGGAUUCUUCGGCGGCGUGUAUCGACAAUGCAGCGGCCGCCGUGGCCCGAAUGAUCAUGGCGUCCCCCCACCACGUUCCCUUAGGUCAAGUAUUGCCGGUCUUCUGGCGAGCGUUGCCGUUGAAAACAGACAUGACGGAAAACGAGACUGUCUACACAUGCUUACUGGGAUUGCUGAGUAUGAAGCAACCGGAUUUGAUGACGGCGACCGGUAUUUCCGAAGUACGACGUAUUGUCCACGCUGCCUGUCAAGCGGAGAGUGACGUGAGCGACGAAAUCAAGGCGAAAUUGAUACAAGCACAGCAAACCCUCCAAUAAAACAACACAUAAAAAAUGAAAAAAUGUCAUCGG